ACACCUAUACAAGACUGAAACCUUCCAAAUUCUUGCCCUUUGUCUGCUUUCUUUGCCUUUCACCAUGACUAGAAAGAAGGUUAAGCUUGCAUACAUCACUAAUGAUUCUGCAAGAAAAGCAACCUUCAAGAAGAGGAAGAAGGGUCUCAUUAAGAAGGUGGACGAGUUAAGUACCCUUUGUGGUAUUGAGGCUUGUGUAAUUAUUUAUAGCCCUUAUGAUACACAACCCGAGGUUUGGCCUUCUCCUACGGGAGUCCAACAUGUGUUGUCCCAAUUCAGGAACAUGCCCGAGAUGGAGCAAAGCAAAAAGAUGGUGAAUCAAGAGAGUUUCCUCAAGCAAAGACUUGGUAAGGCCAAUGAUCAACUCAAGAAACAACGCAAGGAGAAUCGCGAGAAGGAGGUGACUCGAGUCAUGUUCCAGAGCUUGAUUGGUAGGACCCUAACUAACUUGAACAUGAUCGACUUGAAUGAUCUCAGCUGGAUUAUUGAUCAACACUUGAAAGAUAUUCGCAAGAAGGCUGAGACAAAUAACAAAGAGAUUACUUCCCAAAUGAUAGCAGUAGCACCACCUCCACCUCCACCACCACCACCACCACCACCACCACAACCACAACCACAACCACAACUACCAUUACCACCACCACCACAACUACCAUCACCACCACCACCACAACUACCAUCACCACCACCAUUUACACCAGAAACAUCUAUUUUUGCUGGACCUAUUAUGGAGGUUGCACCAUUUCAAGAGGAAGCAGAAAGGCAAACUUUUGAAGCGAACAUGGAAGCCAUGCAGAGACAUCAGUGGAUAAUGGAGGCUAUGAGUCCACAUGAAAAUUUCGGGUUUCUUGGGGAUGAUAUGAUGCUGCCUUUUGGGGAUACUAAUCACAAUUCUCUUUGGUCUAGUUCUUUUUUUCCUUGAAUUAGACGUUAGGGCUUACAUGUCUAGUUAAUGUCCUCUUUUGAAUUAUGUCUAAUGUCCUUUUGUAUUGUAUGUGUAAUCAGCCAUGUUUGGGGACCUUAUAUCUGCAUAAGCCCUUGAUGGCUGAAUCCACAUUGUUAUCUUGUUAGCUACAUGUUUACUUUAAUGCAUUCAAUGGUUUUCAGACAUCUAGUCAUUUAAUUGCACUAUUUUAGAGUAUUUAUUCACUUUAAACUAAGAAAUAUGAU